AAUUAGCCAUAUUUGGUGUCCAUUCUGCUAUCUUAGCGUGGCUGUUGGGUUGGAGGAGGCCCACUCCGAAGAUAUUUAUGGAAAUGGUCUUGUUGCCCGUGACACACAAAGGGUGGAUAGACAUCACACAUUGAUUGAGUUAUACGAAGUAGAACAGCUUAUACCGAGUGGUUCGAUGCCUGGAACCAGAAUCCUAAGCCGCUGAAAAUCAAGAAUAGAAUUGUCCAUUCCAAAAGUAAGCUUGGGAAACUUUGAUUUGACCACAAAAUUGUGUGACCCAGGUCUCCUGGAGGAUUCACGCUUCUUAGAAUUUGGUACCUUUAGUUUGUGGUUGAUUGCAAAGUGGUAGCUCAAUCAUCUUUGGAGUUAGCCUUAGAGUGAUAUAUCAAGUACUCCCUUUUCCAUUUAGAAAUAUAUGGUGUUGCAUAAUUUGAAUGGCCAAACUUCCUUACCUUUGGUUGCAAAUAUGUAGAAAAUAAUCACCUCUUUGUUGAAAGCUAUACAAAUUUAGAUGCAAAUCAAUGGUAGAGAUUAAGGGGUAGUCUUUGUAUUUUUAGAGGUUAUAUGGUUAUUUUCACGUUGAGAGUUUUGCUGUGAAGGUUGCCUGCCAUUAGGUCCAAACCCUUACCAUUGGACAUCCUGAACCCUACUUGAUAACAGUGUAGGCUGUUCUUUGAAGAAGAUGAAUGCAAUCAAUGUCUUGACAACCCAACUGCAAUCCCCCAACCCACAAGCAUCGACACAUUCCUUGCAGCGGUACGUGCAAGCAUACCACACCGUCACAACAUUGAGCACCAUGGAGAACAUUGUCUUUGGCAGGAGCGCAGCAAGCAGCCGAGCACCGCUGCUGCGGUGGCCAUGUGAAAUGAGCUCAUAUGGACAUGUCAACCUGCAUCGGUACAUGGAAGGCCCACUGCUAACUCUAUUUAGAUUCGCUUCCAACCUUUCAUCAUUUGUUACAUGCACCGAAUCAAGAGCCAUGCACAUCGCCACCAAUACAGGUCAAAAAAAAGAAAUAAAGCAGAAGGAGAAAGAAAGAUAAAUGUUGUGCAUGUUGUUGCGCGUGAAAUCAUACUCUGGAUUUCGAUCUUGGAUGGGCCUGGGCUGGGCAUGAGCUGGUUUGGAGUACCCAUGCUAAAACCAGAUUGUUUUCACCGACACAGUGAAAGUAGGCAACUCUUUGGAAGAGUACUGAAGCAGGAUCCAAAUAUUUUAGCUGGGAACAUGAAAAUGGUCUUACCUUCUCUAAGAGAGAAGCAUGAUGAGUUUAUGUUGAGAGAGCUAGUAAAACGGUGGUCAAACCAUAAAGUGAUGGUUCGGUGGUUGUCACGCUUCUUCCAUUACCUUGAUCGGUACUUCAUUUCACGAAGGUCACUACCACCUCUUAGAGAAGUUGGGCUUAGCUGUUUCAGAGACUUGGUAUACCAAGAGAUCAAAGGAAAAGUAAAUAGUGCAGUCAUAUCUUUGAUAGAUCGAGAACGCGAGGGUGAACAAAUAGAUAGGGCCUUAUUGAAGAAUGUUCUGGAUAUAUUUGUUGAAAUUGGCUUGGGUGGUAUGGAGUGCUAUGAAAAUGAUUUUGAAGAUUUCUUGCUCAAAGAUACUGCCGACUACUACUCUAUCAAGGCUCAAACCUGGAUCCUUGAGGAUUCUUGUCCAGACUACAUGUUAAAGGCUGAGGAAUGCUUGAAACGGGAAAAGGAUCGUGUUGCUCAUUAUUUGCAUUCUAGUAGCGAACAGAAGUUAUUGGAGAAAGUGCAGCAUGAAUUGCUAACUCAGUAUGCAAGCCAGCUCUUGGAAAAGGAGCAUUCUGGAUGUCAUGCACUACUUCGUGAUGAUAAGGUUGAGGAUCUCUCAAGAAUGUAUAGGCUCUUUUCGAGAAUAACUCGUGGCCUAGAACCUGUUUCUCAGAUAUUUAAGCAGCAUGUUACUAACGAGGGCACAGCCUUAGUCAAGCAAGCAGAAGAUGCUGCUAGUAAUAAGAAGCCAGAGAAGAAGGACAUGGUUGGUCUGCAGGAACAGAUUUUUGUCCGGAAAAUCAUUGAGCUGCAUGACAAGUAUGUAGCAUAUGUUACUGAGUGUUUCCAGGGUCACACACUCUUUCAUAAGGCUCUUAAAGAGGCUUUUGAAGUUUUCUGCAACAAAGGUGUUUCUGGUAGUUCAAGUGCCGAAUUGCUAGCUACCUUCUGUGACAAUAUUUUAAAGAAAGGUGGCAGUGAAAAGCUUAGCGACGAAGCAAUUGAAGAUACCCUUGAGAAGGUGGUAAGGCUACUUGCCUAUAUCAGCGAUAAGGACUUGUUUGCUGAAUUUUACAGAAAGAAGCUUGCAAGGAGAUUACUUUUUGACAAGAGUGCUAAUGAUGAGCAUGAAAGAAGUAUCCUAACCAAACUAAAACAACAAUGCGGAGGGCAAUUCACUUCAAAAAUGGAGGGCAUGGUUACUGAUCUUACUGUUGCAAGAGAUCAUCAGACGAAAUUUGAAGAGUUCAUAAGCAGCCAUACCGAGUUGAAUCCUGGGAUAGACUUAGCUGUUACUGUUCUGACAACAGGAUUUUGGCCGAGUUACAAAUCUUUUGAUCUAAACCUACCUUCUGAAAUGGUGAAAUGUGUAGAGGUUUUCAAGGAGUUUUACCAGACAAGAACAAAGCACAGGAAGCUUACCUGGAUAUAUUCUCUGGGAACCUGUAAUAUCAGUGCUAAGUUUGAGGCCAAAACUAUUGAGCUCAUUGUUACAACUUAUCAGGCUGCAUUGCUGCUGCUAUUUAAUGGAGCUGACAGGCUUAGCUAUUCUGAGAUUGUGACACAGCUAAAUCUCUCAGAUGAUGAUGUUAUUCGUUUGCUCCAUUCUCUGUCUUGUGCAAAAUACAAGAUUCUUAACAAAGAACCAAAUAACAAAUCUAUUUCACCAAACGAUGUCUUUCAAUUCAAUUCAAAAUUUACUGACAAGAUGCGAAGAAUAAAGGUGCCACUUCCUCCAGUUGAUGAGAAAAAGAGAGUAGUUGAAGAUGUUGACAAGGAUCGUAGGUAUGCAAUUGAUGCAUCCAUUGUGCGCAUUAUGAAGAGUCGUAAAGUUUUGGGUCAUCAACAACUUGUAAUGGAAUGUGUGGAGCAGCUUGGUCGCAUGUUCAAGCCUGACUUCAAGGCCAUAAAGAAGCGGAUUGAGGAUCUUAUCACAAGGGAUUACUUGGAGAGGGAUAAAGACAACCCGAAUGUGUAUAGAUACUUGGCCUGAUCAGUUCUCUGUCUCUGGACCGAUACUUCCCAGAGCCUGACUCCUGUCACCUGCAGUAUUGCACGAUUUAUUGGUGAUAUUCCUAUAUUUCUCAUGUGGUGCGGCUUUGGAUUUUCUAUAAUUGCUGGCAAUUGUAUUGUGUUCGGCAUGGGCUUAUCUCUGCUGUACAUCCAGAUUGCCCAGUGGUUGGCCUGUCAAUAGAGCUCACCAAGACCGAUUCACAGGUGGGAAUGCAUGAAAAACAUGCAAACAUAACCUAAAUUAUCACACCAUCUAUUUGGUCCUGUACUAUUUGUUGUAAUUUUCCCCCAAUAUAUAUAUGUAGCUUUGUUGUAUUUUAGUUAGUUGUCUAGGUAUAAAUGGAGAUAGAAUCAUGAAUCGGCAGGCCCUUCAUUCUGCUCUCAUUGCAGCAAGAUGUCAAUCCAUGUAUUCGUUGUGAAUCAUGUCUUGUAUAAUUGCUUGAGAUGCUGGUGGUAAUGCAUGGUCACAAGCGUGGCCUUGUAUGAUGCUUCAAAUA